AUGAUCUUUAAGUUUGCCUUGCUAUUUUUAGCGUACUUUGGGUCAUGUGAUGACGAUUUUGAUAUUCCUGAGCUUGGGUCAUCAUUAAAAGCGUCUUAUAAGCUUAUGCAUUCUUAUGACGGCAAAAACUGGGAAGAAAGAGGCACAAUUACUAUUACUUCACAUGGUGAUAAAAGAAGAAAGCCUUUAAUUUCCAUCAAAAACCACAGCUUUAACAAAGAAAAACUAGACCUUGAUGGACUAUAUUAUGUAGGGAUUUAUAAAGAUGAGGACUCAAAGCUGCUUAUACAGUCUGCGAUAAGGACUUGUAAUCUUGUUGCUGCUGAUCUGCUUGAUAAUGUUUCGGUUUAUUUAGAUUUAGAAAAAGGACAGAUUUUGGCUGUGAAUUAUCAGGCAUCGCUGGCUGGAUGUGCUUAUUCAACGUCUGCAGCUUUUCCACAGACCACAAUGGAAGUGGGGAUGGUUAAAGAAGCUUUGAAGCCAAUUUAUACACUUCCAAAAGUGGAAGACCCACAAGAACAACAGUCAUUUUUCAGAAAAUAUGUAAAUUUAAUUAAUUAAGAGUCUUAACGUAUUUCAUAUACCUCUUCAUACUUUCGACCAACGCCAACAUGCUUGUUGGGGGGAAAUUCAGCUGCUAUUUGGAAUAGUGAUCUUCUAGGAACAGGGCUUGAACUGUGAUAUCCAAGAGUCUCGAUGGGUUAGAAAGACGCCCUGCCAGUACACCAUCGGAUGCUAUGGAGGUAAGGUUAGCCCUAUACCUCCUGUCACCUUUGGGAAAGGUGGCACCCGGGAAAAUAGAACUACUACCCCUCCGAGCCGGCAGGAAAAGAACCUGUGGCCCAAAAACUAUCCGGAUAACUAAUGUCUGAACCGACCACCAGCUGACUCCCAAGGCAAGGACAUAUUUGUCGCCACCAUCAUAUUAAUUAUAAAAAAUAUGUAAGGAUUAUGUAGUGGUGGGUAUUUUUGAUAGGAUUCUUUAUUAUGAUGAACUCUGCAGGGAAUCCACAAGCUCAAGGCCAAGGACAAGCUCAAGGUUAA